AUGACAGUACAUAUCAAUAGCUUGGUCAGUAUGCUUCUGCCAAAGAAUGGGUUCAUCUUCGCUGCGGCCGCCAAUGAAUGCAAGAGACGAAAAAUAAAAUGUAAUGGCGAAACUCCCUGCCAACGAUGCGGCAACCUCAACUUGGCCUGUCUAUAUGCCCCGAACUGCUGCUCCGGCAACUUUAAGGAAUCCGACGAGUUCAAGCAGGUCACCUCACAACUAGGCCGCCUUCAAGAAGAAGUCGGCUGGCUACACCAAACCGUUAAGGCCCUUCAAUCCGAACCUGCCCGAUAUUCCUCACUUGGUGACCGGACAAUGACCCACGGCCACGGGACGCCGGCAGUCGCCCCUUCACCUUCUCAUAGUUCUACUUCACUUAACCGUCAGGAUAGUUCGAAAUAUGGUUCUUUCAGGGGCCCAACAAGUAUGGCCUUCAGUCUCGACGUUGCCAAUAAUACGAUCAACAACAUGGGCUACAAAGGCAUAUCAGACGAGGAAAAUUCACACCUAAACGAUGGCAUGGGCCCUAUGUCGACACGGCCAAGAGAUCCCCUCCACGAAUUCGACAAGGACGAAAUGAUUCGCCUGUGUCGUCUGCAUGAGGAAGAGAUCGGUAUCAUGUACCCAGUGCUCAACAUUCAAACCGUGAUAUCCCAUGCCAAAAACAUGGCCACAUUUCUUGAAACCCUACGACAACAAAGCCCCAGAGAACUUGUCAACGAUGACAAGACUCUACAGCUAAAGAUCAUCAUGUGCUGUGCUCUAGUGGUAGAAGAGCAUGGGCAUAGUGAUAAAGCCAUUCGCCUGUUUGAGAGCAUGGAAACGGUGCUCAACCGGAAACUCAUGGCUGAGGCUGCGGAUGUUGCAACCCUACCAAUCCUGGCUCUUGUUGCCGGGUAUAGAUUUCUCUCCAACGAUGAAGUUUUGGCUUGGCGAGUCAUGGGUCACGUCGCACGAUUAUGUCUAGAGCUUGGCAUUCAUCAAAGAACAGGCCUGAUGAGGAUUCAGGAUGAAGAAGAACGUAAGAAUGCUCUCGUCAGCUUUUGGUCGGCAUAUGUGCUGGAUAGGCGAUGGGCUUUCGCAACUGGGCUACCUUUUGUCGUUCAAGAUGAAGAAAUCGAUUCAGAGCUGCCAUUUCCAGAGGAAUACCCUUAUCUUGUGGCCAUGAUCACCUAUUCUCGGAUAGGUGCAAAAGUGUGGCGACAAGUGGCUCAUUUUGGACCGGUUCUAGCACGCGAUUUACGCUCAGGGGAACUGGAGAAUGUCGACCAGGAGUUGUUGCAGUGGUAUGAACAGAUUCCCGAAGAGGUCAAGGUUCGUAACUGGGAUAAGGAGAAGCAUAUAACGUCGACUCCGUCCUAUAAUUUGCAACGCCUACGAAUCUGGACAUAUUUACGCCUGAAUCAAAUGCGGAUCUGGCUUUACACCCCUGUUUUGCAUAGCGCCACAAGCAUCAUGGCGCAUCCCACGCAGUCAGAACGUGUAGUUGACAUCGCCAAAGACACUAUCCGAUACCUUAGCCACUUGAAUAACACAACCAACUUAUACAGACGUGUGCAGGUUUUCUACCACCAAUUCCUCACAUCUGCGAUUGCGGUCGUCUUCCUCGCGUCCGUUCACGCCCCGGUCCGCUUCAGCGCUUCCUGCCGUGAGGAGUUUUAUAUGGCCCUCGAGCUGGUAAAGGAUUUAUCCGCCAAGAGCUGGGCAUCCCAGCGACUUUGGCGCACAAUUCGAUCACUCAAAGACGUGGCACCGCGAUUUGGACUCAAUGCUGAGGACGACCCCCAGUCAACAGCAGCGUUGGGGAUGAUAGGGCUUGCUCGAGGCCAUAUGGAACAACAGCCGUUCCGCAAGCCAUCUAUUCCUGGUCAGCAAUCACAAGCUGCAACCCCAGACUCGAUGGCACAGAACGGAUCACGAAUUCAAGCCGAGAUGUCACGAAUGUUCGAGGGCUAUGUAGGGUUGAAUGGAUUCCAAUACAACGAUAAUGAGGGACAACAAGGGUCGAAUGCUGAGGUUUCUGAAGCGUCCAAUGGCGGCAUGUUUGGAGUUGAUGGUACUGUCUUUCCUCAGUUCAAGGAGAUGUACUAG